AUGGCCGCCCGGGGCUACGGCUACUACCGCGCCGUCAUCUUCGCGGCCAUGUACGGGGGCUACAGCCUCUACUACUUCAACCGCAAGACCUUCUCCUUCGUCAUGCCCUCGCUGGUGGAGGAGGUCCCUCUGGACAAGGACGACCUGGGGCUCAUCACCAGCAGCCAGUCGGCAGCCUACGCCAUCAGCAAGUUUGUGAGCGGAGUGCUGUCUGACCAGAUGAGCGCUCGCUGGCUCUUCUCAUCGGGGCUGCUCCUGGUCGGCCUGGUCAACGUGGCCUUUUCCUGGAGCUCCACCGUGUCCGCCUUCGCCGCCCUCUGGUUCCUCAACGGCCUGGCGCAGGGCCUGGGCUGGCCCCCGUGCGGGAAGGUCCUCAGGAAGUGGUUUGAGCCAUCUCAGUUUGGCACUUGGUGGGCCAUCCUGUCGACCAGCAUGAACCUGGCUGGAGGGCUGGGCCCCAUCCUGGCAACCAUCCUGGCCCAGAGCUACAGCUGGCGCAGCACGCUGGCCCUGUCGGGGGCGCUGUGUGUGGCCGUCUCCUUCCUGUGUCUCCUGCUUAUCCGCAACGAGCCUGCCGACGUCGGACUCCGCAACCUGGACCCCACCCCCUCCAAGGGCAAGAAGGGCUCCGUGAAGGAGGAGAGUACCUUACAGGAGCUGCUGCUGUCCCCCUACCUGUGGGUGCUCUCCACGGGCUACCUGGUGGUGUUUGGAGUGAAGACCUGCUGUACGGACUGGGGCCAGUUCUUCCUCAUCCAGGAGAAAGGACAGUCGGCCCUUGUGGGGAGCUCCUACAUGAGUGCCCUGGAGGUCGGGGGCCUUGUUGGCAGCAUUGCCGCCGGCUACCUGUCGGACCAGGCCAUGGCGAAGGCUCGGCCGUCCACCCACGGGAACCCUCGCCAUGGCCUGCUGCUGCUGAUGAUGGCAGGCAUGACAGCGUCCAUGUACCUCUUCCGGGUCACUGUGACCAGGGACGCCCCCAAGCUCUGGAUCCUGGUGUUGGGAGCUCUGUUUGGUUUCUCCUCUUACGGUCCCAUUGCCUUGUUUGGAGUCAUUGCCAAUGAGAGUGCCCCUCCCAACUUGUGUGGCACCUCCCAUGCCAUCGUGGGACUCAUGGCCAAUGUGGGUGGCUUUCUGGCCGGGCUGCCCUUCAGCACCAUCGCCAAGCACUACAGCUGGAGCACAGCCUUCUGGGUGGCAGAAGUGAUCUGCGCAGCCAGCACAGUUGCCUUCUUCGUCCUGCGGAACAUCCGCACCAAGAUGGGCCGUGUGCCCACGAAGGCCGAGUGA